AUGGAUAGUCAAGUUGAGGAUGCAGUGAAAGAUUGCAUAGCCUGUCAAGCUUUGACACCGGAGCCAAUGGUUAUGGAGCCAUUACGUAUGUCAGAGUUACCCGCAGGUCCUUGGGAGAACAUAAGUAUUGACUUUUGUGGACCUUUACCAAGUAGUGAUUAUCUAUUCGUCAUGGUUGAUGAGUAUUCACGCUAUCCAGUGGUUGAAAUAGUACGUUCCGUGUCUGCGAAUGCUACAAUACCUGUAUUAGACAAGGUACUGAGUAUGUUUGGUUGUCCAAAAAUCAUUAAAAGUGACAAUGGCUCACCGUUUAAUUCGGAUGCAUUUCGCAAGUACGCUGAGGACAUGGGAUUUGAUCACCGUCGUAUUACACCAAGAUGGCCGCUUGCUAACGCACAAGCGGAGAGUUUCAACAAACCGCUCAUGAAAAUUGUUCGUGCGGCACACUUAGAGAAUAAAAACAGGAAACAGGAGAUGUUCAGGUUCUUGAGGCAAUACCGUGCAACGCCUCACAGAACGACGGGAUACACGCCACAUAGGCUUAUGUUCAACAGAGAACCAAAGACAAAGUUACCCGUACCACAGUCAAAUGUGUGUAUGUCAUCGACUGACCAACAAGUCAGGGAAAGAGACAGUCAGGAGAAAUACAAGAUGAAAUAUCAAGCUGAUAUUCGAAAUCAAGCUCGUCCGCGGGAAAUAGCCGUGGGAGAUACUGUAUUGAUAAAACAAGACAUCAAAGAAAAUAAACUUGCGCCCAAGUUUCAGGCACAGCCAAAAGUUGUUUUGGAAAAGAAGGGACCAAUGGUUACUGUGACAGGGAAUGUAACGAGAAUCGUAUCGCGAUUCAAACGUGUACGGUCAGGAAUCCAAGAGUUACCGCCAAAAGGUCCAUCUGAGGAAGAGAUUGAGGACAUCUUGUGGCCAAAUUCAGGAGGUGAUAGUGUAAAUUCAUCUCCAGAGAAUUCUCAACAGAAUGAAUCUGUCCAUGUCCCACUCAGUGGAAGUCCAGCCAAUAUGACGGUACCCAGAAGAAGUGGCAGGGACAGAAAACCCAAUUUGAAAUAUGCCAAAGACUUUGUUUAG